CCCACCCUGUAUAUUAGCUAUCAUUAACUACCCUGGGGAACUUCAACUGGAUUUGGAGCCUGGUCAUCCAACUGGAAAGGCCUACUUAGUGUCUUGUGAAUGUGAUUUGCAUAACAGUUAAAGCCCUGCUGACGUCAAGGACUCCUAGAAGCUCCAGGUCAGCUCUAGUCCCGGAAGUAGUUCCUGCCGCACGACAGUCCCACGAUUGCCCCACCAACCUUGCUUCCUACCCAACUCCCCAAGCACCAGGAAGUGAAACAGAGCAGCGAACCCAUGCCUCCAGCUCAACUCUUGCCCUUCUCAUGUCAUCCCCUAGAGUUCCACUCCUCCCUCCUCCUCUUCACCGUUCUCCUCCCAUCCUUAGGGCCCACAGAAUGGGAACCAGAGGAGGCAGCAUCCUAGGACAAAUUAUAUGAACGUGAGGUGAGUUCCCCUCCUUCCACUGCCACCACCAGUUUCCUUAUUCUGUGAGUCUCCCCUGAGUGUGGGGAGAGACAAACCAGCGCUCACUCAAACGGAGAUGACAUCCCUGCUGCUGAAAAUGUUUUAGCCAAAGGAUGGAUUUACCAGAGAGUCAUAUUUGGACCAGAAGUUUCACCGGGCAGUUUGACUAAUUCUAAGGGAAACCUCUGUCCAGGGUAAGUUUCUCAGAGGAAAGGGUCAGCCUCUUGGGGAGGCUUCGGGAGCUGUCCGUGUGGUCACCAUGGCCUCACUCUGAUGUCCAAACUGUCCUGGGACCCUCCGCUUAGGGUGGGGGCAGCCCCAGAUUUGGACCACCCCCCACGCCCACGCCUGACCUCACACUCUUAGCUGUCUCACUGAUGUUGCAUCAGGGAGGGUGAUGAAAUCAUUGUUGGUGGAUUUUACCCAUGGAUGCAACAGGCUGAAGGACUGGCCAGUGUCACUGAACCAAGCACCUUCAACUGUCUGUAAGUCCUCGCCUUCUUGCCGUGGUGCAGGGGCUGGAGUAUCUGAGUCGGACUUCUAGCCCUUGCUUACACUGGUGUCUCCAAAGAACCAUCACUUGCAUCCCACAGGGCCCAUGAACCUUUGGGCCACUAAGGCUGAAGAAUCAGACGGUUCUUAGCAACAAUUCCCUCCAACCGUCGUCCUGCCCUCCACAGUGAGGCCUGAAGUAGGGGAGCCGUAGCACUUCAUACAGCAUUAUGUGGCUGCCCGCUCUCAACGUGCCUUCAUGUCCAUUCUCUCCCAGUGAAAGCGACACUGUCACCGAUAAAGAAAAAGAAGCCCUCUUAUUUUCAGAGGGUAUCUGGUGGGAGCUAAACUUCAUUCCAAACGGAGUUUGCCAUUUUAUUGGGAAAUAAACGAAUGCUUAUGUUUUAAUUUUUCCUUAGGCUAGGGGAGAUAAGGAAUUUAUUGUAGGUUGGGGGAGUAGUUUUGAGAGGCAGAAAGAGGAGGAAAAAGUUAAACAGGAAGGAAUUUCAGACUAGACUCAUUUAAAUAUUCAUUACUUCACCCCGCCCCUUCUAGAGCCAUUUCCAUUCCUGGAGAGCAUCACACAUACGUCCUAUCCCUGGCCUCCAGCCGCAGCCACCGCAGAGUCAUUUCCCCCGGAGCUGAGGCGGCUUACCUGGGCUCCCCACAGCGGCGUGAUGCAGGGAGGGGAAUCCCACCUGCUGUGAGUCACCUGCGAGUACAAAGGGCGGGUGUUACAAUGCCGGGACCUUAAAAAGGGACUCGGGAGAAGAAAAUAAGGGAAGCCGCUGAGAGCCUCAGUGAACAGAGGAAGCCAAACCAGAGACGCACAGAACAGAGAGAAUCGGGCUCUGAACAGGGGGAAGUGGGCAGAGAUUCCACAAGGACGGGUGCAAGGCAGAGAGCCGGCCAGAUUGGAGACGCAGGCACCAGGAUGCUGGGGAGCAGAGCCGUGCCCCUGCUGCUGCUGCUGCUGCUGCUGCUGCUGACCUGCCGGGCCACUCGGGGCCGGGCCGUGCCCACGGGCAGCGGGCCUGCCUGGGCGCAGUGCCAGCGGCUCUCCCAGAAGCUCUGCACGCUGGCCUGGAGUGCGCACCCGCCCCCGGGGCAUGUGGAUCUACCAAGAGAAGUAGGAGAAGAGGAAAAUGAGACGACAAAUGAUGUUCCCCACAUCCAGUGUGAGGACGGCUGUGAUCCCCACGGUCUCCGUGACCACAGCCAGGCCUGCUUGCAAAGGAUCCACCAGGGCCUGGUUUUUUACGAGAAGCUGCUGGGCUCAGACAUUUUCACGGGGGAGCCUUCUCUCCUCCCCGAUGGCCCUGUGAGCCAGCUCCACGCCUCUCUCCUGGGCCUCAGGCGGCUUCUGCAGACCGAGGGGCACCACUGGGCGACUGAGCAGACUCCAAGCCCCGGCCCCAGCCAACCAUGGCAGCGGCUCCUUCUCCGCCCUAAGAUCCUUCGCAGCCUCCAGGCCUUUGUGGCUGUGGCUGCCCGGGUCUUUGCCCACGGGGCCGCGACCCUGAGCCCCUGAAGCCAACAGCGUGAGGACGGCCUCCAGAUGGUCACGGCGCGGAUGAACCUGUCGGCUGAGGCAGCGAGUGGAUCAGUCCAUUCAUUCUAACGGGACCUGCAUGUGUUGAAAAGUUACCAGUAUUGGCAGAUUUAUGAUGCUGACCUAGGACAUAUUGAGUAUUUAUUAGAUGGGAAGGAAAAUUUGGGAUUAUUUAUUCUAUUGGCAGGAUUAUUUAUUAUAUUUAUACUGACUUAUUUACUUUUUUCAAUAAACUUAUUUAUAUGGA